AUGGAGGAUGAUAACAUGACUUACUCCUAUUAUGAUGAAAGCGAUGUUGAUGCGACCCUGUGUGACCUGGGAAGUAACCGUUUGCAUGAAGUGACUCUACAAACCUACGUCUACUCCGCAAUUUGCGUGCUGGGUCUAGUGGGCAACGUUUUGGUGCUCAUAACAUAUGCGUUUUACAAAAAAGCCAAGACCAUGACAGAUGUCUACCUGGUGAACGUCGCCAUUGCGGAUCUUCUGUUUGUGGUUGCCCUGCCUCUCAUUAUUUACAAUGAACGUUAUGACUGGAGCAUGGGAACAUGGGCUUGCAAACUGCUCAGUGGGAUAUAUAGCAUGAAUCUGUACAGCAGUAUGCUCUUACUGGCCUGCAUCAGCGGAGAUCGUUACAUGGCCGUUGUCCAAGCCAGACGAUCUUUUGGAGCUCGCUCAAAUACUCUGGUCUGCACCAGACUCAUCUGUACAACAAUCUGGGUACUAGCAUUCAUCCUGUCUCUACCAACAUUCAUCUACUACAGGCAAUUUGUGAGUGGUGUGGAAGGUAAUCAGACAGCAGUGUGUAACCUCUGGUUUGACACAAACGCCGUUGCAGAGACUGUGAAGGUCUUGGUCCCCAGUUUACAGGUUGCAUUUGGCUUUUGUGUGCCUCUUCUGGUAAUGGGUUUCUGCUACUCUUGCAUCGUGGUCACUCUGGUGAAGGCAAAGAAUUUUCAGAGGCACAAAGCUGUUCGAGUUGUCCUGGCUGUUGUGAUCGUGUUCAUCAUCUGCCAUCUCCCCUAUAACGUGCUGCUCCUUCUUCACACUUCAAGACUGUUCAAGGAGAGGUCCUGUGAUGCUGAGAAAAACAUUUUGAUGUCCAUCACAGUGACAAAGACCAUCGCCUACCUUCACUGCUGCAUUAAUCCCAUUCUCUAUGCUUUCAUUGGUGUCAAGUUCAGGAAUCACCUCUAUAAGAUUUUUCAGGACCUUUGGUGCCACAGCAAGAAAUAUAUCUACUCUGCACGUUCCUCGCGACAGACAUCUGAUCUCUAUAUUCCAGCACCCAAAUCAGCAGAUGGAUCACACCAUGAGAAUCCUUCUUCAUUUACUAUGUAA